AUGUUCCUGCCUCGCAAGCUGCAGAAACGUUCGCAAAAUGGCCGCACCAUUAAACAGCGAUCAGCGAGCGUAGCUACCGAGCUGUCUGUCAGGGAUGACGGCGAUGCUCGCGAGGACCGAGGUUCUGUCCGCUUCGGCAGCACGCCGGGCAGCACGCAGGAUGCUUCGUCGCCCGAGCUGACUGGGAGACAUCAGGAUGUAGCGAGCCAACCUGCGUCGAGAUCCAUUUCAGAAACCGGCAAGCUCGAUCGACUCGUUGACUUUCUCUUCCUGCGACUGUCCCCGCUCAGUCUUGUCCUGAGCGCCAGAGGGCAGGCCAAUAGAGGCUUGUCGCUCGCUGAGCUGGUUCGAGGCAUUAUCGGCGACGCAAAGCAUCCAGAAGCUGACGGCUCGAAGCCCGCAGUGUCAGCCGAAGCAUCUAAUGUUCAUCUAGCUCGCCUCUUGAGCUCGCUGCCUGGACUCAACUCGAGAUGCAAGUCCAUCAGCCUUCUCGCAGAAGCUCUGCAUGAAGCUCAAAAGGGACCGGCAGCCGGGUGGUUCACCGUCCACCACGACACAUUUCAGCUCGAAUGGUCGCCCUCCUUCGUCGGCCGUCUGCGCGAGCUCUCGAUAGCAGCUGAAUCAGCGGCAACACUGUCGACCUCCAUUGCGCCUCUGCUCAUCUACAUCGAGUCUAUUCCACCUCGCAUUCGAACCCGAGCUCAAGCAUCAUCGUAUCUCGCCGAGCUGUUGCGAUCGAGCUGCGAAGGGCCCGAACAUGGCAUGGUCUUGAAUGUGCUUGAGCCCAGCCUUGUCGACGGCCAACUGAUGUCGGGCAUGGAUACGCUUGCAUCUGCUUCGUUGGAAGGAAAAUGGAUCUCUGGGCGCGGGUUCUUCCUCUUGAACUCGCCGGCACAUGUCAACUCGCUCUGCAAGAAGUACGAGUGGGAUCUGGCUCUCAGAGGACGUUCCACGAAAAGGUCAGAGCAAGGACAAGAAUCGCCAAUCAGAUGCCUCAGCUGGACGGGCUGGGUCGAGAUGAGGCAGUCAUACUUGGACUGGCAACGGCGAGCGCAGCAGGACAACGAGAGGGAUUCAUCUGCUGCUACUGCCGCAGAGGACGACGCAAGUCUAUCCCAAGGCGAUGUGGGAGCUACGCACGAUCACAACGGCAUCACAUCAUCCGCCGUCGUCCCGGAUCUCGACGCCUCGAAAGACGAGGACCACUGGUACCGCGGGACCAUCCUCCUACUUCGCCUCCCUCCUCCAUCCAACUCCACCCUGAUCAUUCCUCCUUUCUCAUCAGCAUCCGACCUCACACCGGCCUUCCUCAAUCGGCACCUCAAGCCGCAGCUCGAGCAGCACGUGCCCGAGUCGAUCUCGUACAUUCACGUCCACAAUCCCGACUCCUCGUCGAGCACCGACGACCUCACAGUGGCCAUCCGCACCGCGCAUCCCACCUACGCCACCAAGCUAACCACGCACUUUCCCGCGCUCCUGCGCAUGGACGCCCCCGCCGAAGACGCAUACUGGUCCGCCCUCCCACCCAAAGUACGCUCCUCCGCACACAGUCGCUUCCUCGCACUCGAUCGCACACUCUCUUGA